AUGGACUCUUACGCACAAGCAAUGGGACAAUCCCCAUUUUUCUACUACAACCCAGACCCAAAAUCAGACAACCGUCAACAUGGUCACUUCUCUCAACAACCAAGCCAUAUGCAUAUGCCUAUGUAUCACCAACACGCUCAAACCCUCCCAUCGACACCAAUGUACUCCAGACCAAACUCGUCGUCUUCGCAGCCUCCAAUGCAGCAGAAGAUCUUCAACUCUGGAUACCUUGGACACAUGACACCAAUGUCCUCCCCACGCCCAAUGUAUCAAAAACCCACCAUAUUGAUUCAAGACCAUUCCCCAAGACUGAUCUUAGAUUCGGAAAACGAGCACGACAUGUAUUAUUACCCAGCAACUCCACCACUUUCAGCAUCUUGCAGUGUCAUGAGCAGUCCGUCGAGCUGUGACAUUCUACCCACUCCAGUUAACAGUGUAUUUUUUGGUGCUGAGAGUUUCGAGGGUGUUAAGGAAGGAUGUGAAGGUGAGGUUCAAUCGGAGAAUCUUGCCGGUGAAUGGGCUCGUUGCGGGUCUCCACCUAUGACACCAGUGUUCAUCCACCCAAAUUCGCUUAGCUCGCACGCUAAUGAACUCCUGUCUGCCACUUCUUGCCCUUCGCUUUCACCUUCUCCUUCCCCUUAUCCUCGCUCCGUCACCUCUGAACAAUCCGACUUCGACUUCUGCGAUCCAAGAAAUCUCACAGUUGGUUCCUCAAUUUUACCUCCGACUUCAAACCCAAUUUUGACUUCGGGUCGCGAAUUCUCCACUUUACCAACCCUCUGUGCAGCUGAAGAAGAAGAACAUCAAUAUAUGUUAGGGGGUAGUGACGCAUUCGCCAAAAUCGAAACACGUGCGAAUACCUUUGAUUUCACAACAACCACAACAUCCAACCACAGUCUUCCUACUUUUGAUCACAUUUCCGAGCUCGAUUCUGAAGACGAAUUUGUUAACGGUCUUGUGAAUUUCCCUUCUACCGAUAACGUUCAAUUCUUUGGUAACAAGAGACAACGCACUAUAUCUGAUCUCGUUUCCCCUGAAUCAGAGACAUUCAUCAGUGAGGACGAUUUUGAAGAUUUUGAGGAUCUCGAGACCGAAAGAUUUGCAGUUGCCUGCCUUCCAAGCCCACCUGCUUCAGGCUCUGAAGCCGAACCCAAGAAGGAAAAACGUACCAAGAAGUCAAAGAUCGUUCAUUGCGACGAAGAUAGCUCGGAAUUUGAUUCUAUGGUCCGAUCCCGCAAAUUCACUGUCCCAAUGAAUAACUUAUCGGGCGCUCAGCCACAAGAGACUUCUGCCGACCACCAACAAACAUCCACCGCACCAAGUCAAUCCGGUUCUUCAGAAAGCAACAACAUGAUGGGUUCAUCAGGAUCAGACGCUGCCAACACUCAUCAAGCACCAGUCAACCGUCGCGGUCGCAAGCAAUCCUUGACUGAGGACCCUUCCAAGACCUUCCACUGCAAGCUUUGCAACAGACGUUUCCGCAGACAAGAACACUUGAAACGCCAUUACAGAUCCCUCCACACUCAAGAAAAGCCAUUCGAGUGCCACGAGUGCGGUAAGAAGUUCUCCCGCAGCGACAACUUAUCUCAACACUCCCGCACUCACGGAAGUGGUGCUAUUGUCAUGGGCGUAUUGGAAGAUGGCGAGGUUCCUGGCGACAUGGAAUCUGGCAGCGACGGAGAGCAAAUCAGAGCCCUUGGCUCCGCACUCUUUACUGCAGCCGCGGGUGCAUCUGGCAGUGAAAGCAGCGGUACCGAUAGUGAGUCCGAUAGCCAAUCCCGCAAGAAGCGCAAGAGAUCCGAGUAA